AUGUCCUAUUAUCCUCCAUACCAAGGAGGCGCCCCUGGGUACCCCCCACAGCAGUAUUCGUCUUAUGGAGCAAUGCCACCUAAUAAUGGACCGCCCUCCUACCCUCCGGGUCAAUACGGACAGCCUCCACAAGGCUAUCCUCCACAAAGACCUCCAUAUGGCGCCCCUCCACCCUCCGGGUACGGACACCUACCUCCUGCAGGGCCUAAUAGUGGCCCAAAUUUCCAUGGACAGCCAGGUAUUGCCACGGUAACCAACAAUAGCUACGUCCAGGGAAAUCAUAAUGCGCCACCUCCACCUCCUACCGGUGCUGUAGCCUUUGGUCAUGGCGCUCCCCAGGGCUACAGCUAUCAGUACUCCAACUGUACAGGCAAAAGAAAGGCCCUUCUUAUCGGUAUUAACUACUUCGGCCAACGAGGUCAGCUGCGAGGCUGUAUUAACGAUGUGAAGAAUAUGUCGACCUAUCUGAACCAGAGCUUUAAUUAUGCAAGGGAGGAUAUGGUUAUUUUAACUGACGAUCAACAAAACCCGAUGAGUCAACCUAACAAAGCAAAUAUUUUACGUGCGAUGCAUUGGCUAGUGAAGGAUGCGCGACCAAAUGACUCUUUAUUCUUCCACUAUUCCGGUCAUGGUGGCCAGACCCCAGACUUAGAUGGGGACGAAGACGAUGGGUACGAUGAGGUAAUCUACCCAGUUGACUUCAGAAACGCGGGUCAUAUCGUAGACGACGAGAUGCACAGAAUCAUGGUCAAAUCCUUGCCUCCAGGAGUGCGAUUAACAGCAAUAUUUGAUUCUUGCCAUUCCGGUUCCGCUCUUGAUCUUCCAUAUAUCUAUUCCACGCAAGGUGUUCUCAAAGAGCCCAACCUUGCCAAAGAGGCUGGUCAAGGUCUCUUUGAUGUGGUGUCUGCCUAUGCCCGUGGCGAUAUGGGCGGUAUGGUCUCGACAGCUAUGGGAUUCAUCAAGAAAGCGACUCGAGGUGAUGACGCAUAUAAAAAGACCAUGGAAACCAAAACCAGUCCAGCAGACGUAAUCAUGUGGUCUGGUAGUAAAGACGUUCAAACUUCUGCAGACGCGACAAUCAAUGGCCAAGCCACUGGUGCCUUAUCGUGGGCAUUUAUUACGGCAUUGAAAAAGAAUCCUCAGCAGAGCUAUGUUCAGCUUUUGAACAGCAUUCGGGACGAGCUCUCUGCGAAGUAUUCGCAGAAGCCGCAGCUGAGCUGCAGCCACCCGCUUGACACAAACCUCUUAUACGUUAUGUAA